AUGUCUUGCUUCGUCAGUGACCUCGUUGUCGAAUACCGCGACGAUCGCGGUGUCCCAUACAACUGCAUUGAGAUCAUCGACGGGAACAACCAGGACAUCGACGCCGGUUUCCGCGGCAAAUUCAUCUACAUCGACGUCGGACACGCAACCAAGCCCGAGCAGGCCAUCACCAACAUCGAGGUCCAGGUCCAGGAAAAUGAGAACAAGGAUAAGCAGGACAUGGUCAAGGGCGCCGGAGGUGCCUUCCGCUACCUGCAUACCCUCAAGGGCUCUGGACGUCCCAUCGUGGACGUCAAGCUCUCUCGCAGGGCUGAGAAAGUCGAGUUCUCGACUGUUCAAGGUCUGGGAUAUAACCAUAUGAGUGGGGAUAUCAAUGCGGCUCGUGGAGGGGGUUCCCUGUAUUUGAUCUGGAGGACGGUGUGA